GCUCCGCGGCCUCGGGCCGCCCCCGGCAGCAGGCGUCGCGGUUCAGGUGGUUUCGUUUAGAGCGGGCGCCCUCCGGGCCCCAGGCGGCGUGUGCCGGGGGGGCGGCGCGGCGGGGCCGCCUGGCGCCGGGGCAGUUUGCUCUGCAGGGCUCGGGUGGGCCGCGCCGCUGGGGCUCGUUCGGACGGUUCCUCGGCGGCGGCUGCGCGGAGCCGCCGUAAGUUUUCCCCGUCGCUAAACUGGCAUCUUCCCGUACCCGUUAACAAAACCUGUUGCUGUUACACCUCAGGUCUCUCAAAUGACCCCGGUGCCAGAAAGGAUGCGCUCCCCGUGCCUCCUCAGCGCUGCCGGCUCACGGGCCGGUGUCACUGCACCCGGCGUGUCCCGGGUUUGCACUGGUGCCCUCGCUUUUCCAUGGCAGCCUGCGCUCUCAGGGUGUGAGGGAGUUUGCUUCCGAGGGGCCAGCGGUAAAGGCGUGAGCGGGAAGAGAGCACUGACCCUUUCGCUGUGCAUGUAGGCACGGUGUCUGUGUGGUGGCAGUUUCCCAGUUGCUCCAGGACGAUGUCGGGACAGUGCCCAGUACAUGGGAGCGCGUGGUGAUGGAGGAGGAGUUCGCUGCAAUGGAUAUUGGUUUGUAAAAGCCUUGGUCAGGAACGUGCGGGCAUUGUUCCUGCUGCUGCCUGAAUUUUUAGUCCUCAUCAUAUCCAUUUUCCCACUGACCAAAAGCACAGCUGAGGUGCAGAGGCUGAAGGCUGUGGCUCUACCUGCCUCUUCCAUGCCACCACCAUCAUCUUCCUCCUGGCACGCUGUUAUUUCUGGACCCCCGCCUUGUACUCCUGCACUGCACUUGCAGCCUUCCCCACUUGCAGUUUCUUAUCAAAACAAACUACCUCUGAGUGCGCUGAGUUGCAUUAGAGAGGAAAAUAGCAAAACCUUCCCAUUUUAGCGUUUGCUGGCCAGCUGUAAUUUUGAUCUCCAGUACCCUCCUUCCUCUCGGCCUCUUGGUUUUGUACUUGUCUGCUGUUGCUGUAAUUUAAUACUAAUAACAUUUUGGUUGGGGUUGUUAUUUUUCUGGCAGGUAGGAGUUUGGUUUGGUUUGUUUUUUUUCAAGUGCAGUAUGUAUUAAUAGUGGCAACACGCUGGCGCUAAUUACCAGCUCUGGAGCUUGUUUUGAAGCACUGCAGCGCGUAACCUCAAAAAGCAAUCAACCAGACUAGUUACAGCAACAAAACCAUGCACGCUCCCAAAAAACUUAACAGAAUUGUUGUACAGAGUGUGGUUCCUGGUGGUUUUUGUGGGCUGCCAGUCAGCCACAAGCCUCUGGAAACUUGUUGUACAGUAUAAGUUCUCUGCUAUUAUUACAAACCUUUCUUCUCAAAGGCUAAAUGAAAUUGCACUGGAAAUACUUAGAAUAUUAAGUGGUAUCUUAGAGCAGUGGGUCGGUAAUUAGCUUUUAUGGUUAUGGCAGCCUUUGUGAGUCCUCCUUCUGGCAAAGCUGAAAAACUCCUGAAAAUCAUGCCCUGUCCUGCCUCAGAUUUUGUUAUUGUAAUGCAGUUUGUUAGCGUGGGCUUGGGUUUUUUUGGGGGGUUUUUUUUGGCUCCAAAGGAAAAAUACGCCCUGCAGUGUUAGGUGGGGUUAGCCAACAAGCAUGCCACUCACUAAGGUAGCAAAAUUAGCAACAUGAUAUAAGUGGUUUGCCUCUGUGAAAGUAUGCCCGUCCUGAGCCUCAUACCUUUGGCUCCUUAUCGUGCAGCUCCUUGUGCUGCUGGCUGGGCCUCCUGAGGCUUUCCAGCAUGUCUCAGCUUUUCUCAGGACUAAAAGAGCGUGUGGGACAGGUUGGGAGGGUUGUGUGUAUGCACACAUGCACGCUUUUUCUUGUAAAAGUUGGGCAAAAGUAGUAUUUUAGGUAGGAUUAUCACAAAUAACUUGUCAGGGGAAAUCCUAUGAAAAACAAGUCCGGGAAUUAUUUUUUUUUUGUUUUAACCACCAGUACAGACACGUGCUAUCUUUACAGUAUUAGUGUGUGGAGUAACAUCUGUCAACAGUGUGGAUGGAUGGCUCAAAAAAGUAGUUGACUUGCUACUCACUGGGUGGAACUUGUGCUCCAGCAGCGUGAAAGCUUCUUAAAUUUUUUCCCAGUGGAGAGUGAUUGCCAGAUGCUUCUAAACCAGCUGAAAGAGAUCACAGGAAUUCAAGACUCUGCUUUUCUUCACGCAGCUCUAAAGGCUGCUAAUGGAGACCUAAUGGAAGCAGUCACCUUCCUGACAGAGGAGCACACUCAGGAGCCAGCCCAAGACAUGCCUGCUGCCGAGCCGGCCGCUUGGGAAGGGAGCGCUGUGGGCAAACAGCUCCCACAAAAUGUUACUACUGCACUUACCCCUAACAACAAAGAUGACCUCCACGCAGGCGACGCCUUCAGACCCCUGGAGUUGCCAAAAGCUCAGGCUGAAGAAAGAGAUGCUGCUGAAAGACCACAGGAAGCACAUUGUGCUGAAACAAAAAAUCGCUCCAAGAGGAAACGCUGUGAAGUCUGGGGAGAGAACCCCAAGCAAAAUGACUGGAGAAGAAUGGGAGACUGGCCUGUUGGAAUGAAGAAUAUUGGAAAUACAUGUUGGUUUAGUGCUGUCAUACAGUCUCUGUUUCAGUUGUCAGAAUUUCGGAGGCUGGUCCUUGGAUACUCCCUCCCACAAAAUGUGCUUGAAAGUUGCCGUAGUCACACUGGAAAAAGAAAUAUUGCAUUCAUGCAAGAACUUCAGUGUCUGUUUGCUUUAAUGCUGGGGACACGUCGUAAGUUUGUAGACCCUUCUGCAGCACUGGAACUCUUGAGGGAUGCGUUUAGAUCCACUGAAGAACAGCAGCAAGAUGUGAGUGAAUUUACACAUAAACUACUGGACUGGCUGGAGGAUGCAUUCCAGCUUGCUGUGAAUGUCAGGAGUCCGGGCAACAAAUCUGAAAACCCAAUGGUACAGCUUUUCUAUGGGACUUUCUUGACUGAGGGUGUCCAUGAGGGCAAUACUUUUUCCAAGAUUGAAACCUUUGGUCAGUAUCCCCUUCAGGUAAAUGGUUAUCGAAACUUGAAUGAGUGCUUGGAAGGAGCCAUGGUGGAGGGAGAGAUGGAUGAGGCAACAGCAGCUCAGUCAGUGAAGUACGGACAGGAGCGCUGGUUUACAAAACUCCCACCAGUACUGACCUUUGAACUCUCCCGAUUUGAGUUCAAUCAGUCACUAGGACAACCAGAGAAAAUUCACACCAAGCUAGAAUUUCCCCAGACUAUUUAUAUGGACAGGUACCUCCACUGCAGUAAAGAGCUUAUUCAGAUGAAGAGAGAAGAAAUCAAGAGAUUGAAGGAACAAAUGGUGAUUCUGCAGCAGAAACUGGAAAGGUAUAUGAAAUACGGCUCUGGCCCAGCCCGCUUUCCACUGCCUGACAUGCUCCAGUAUGUUCUCGAAUUCGUCACUACAAAGCCAGCUGCAGGUGUUUCUUCGGCUCAGGGCUCUCAGACAGCACUCCUGCAGGCCCAAGCUGAGCCUCACAUUUUGGACGUGCCUUCACAGCCAAAUGGCAUACUAGAAAAGAAGAAUACUAGGACCGAAGAUGGAGCUUGCUUUUCAGCAAAUUCUUCACCACAGCAAAAAUUGAGUAGGCCACUCCAAGCUUCUGGUUCACCAGCGGAAAGGUCAGAACAUCCAGCUCCUCACAUGGUUUCUGAGGAAGAGCUGAAGCUUGUUAGGACGUGUCUGCAGCGAUGGAGAAAUGAGAUCGAACAGGACGUGCAAGAUCUGAAGGAGUCUAUCGCCAGAAUCAACCUGUCCAUUGACCAAAUGUACUGUGACCCUCUCCUCCAACAGGUUCCCUACCAUCUGCAUGCAGUCUUGGUACACGAAGGACAAGCAAAUUCUGGUCACUACUGGGCCUUCAUAUAUGACCAGUCUCGAAAAAGCUGGCUCAAAUACAAUGACAUCUCAGUGACAGAAUCAUCGUGGGAAGAAUUGGAGAGAGAUUCAUUUGGAGGCUUGAAAAAUGCCAGCGCCUACUGCCUGAUGUACAUAAAUGAUAAGGUGUCCCACUUUGCAGCAGGUGAGGAUGAUGGCCCAGAGGUUGGACAGUUUCAGAGGGAGGUGGAAGCCUUGCCCCCAGAGCUGAGACACUACAUCCAGGAGGACAACUGGCAACUCGAGCAGGAGGCAGAGGAGUGGGAAGAGGAGCAAUCUUGCAAGAUUCCUCAGAUGGAGCCUUCACCUGCUUCUGAAUCGCAGGACCUCUCUUCCGAAUCAGGGCCAGAUCAGACUUCAGUCUGUGAGCAGAGCAUGCGCUCUCUGUCCUCUGAACACGCCAUGAUUGCCAAGGAGCAGACUGCCAAGGCCAUCGCAAACACCGCCGACGCCUAUGAAAAGAACGGUGUCGAGGCAGCUCUCUGCGAGCCCAAGGAGGUAGAGCCAAAGAAGGCCCAACUGGGAGAAACAGCAGUUCAGGCAGAACAACCGCAGGAUGCUAAGGAAAUGGUGUCUGCUACCCAAACUAGCUCACAGGUCUCUGAAGUGGAAAUUCCCAGUGUGGGGAAGAUUCCUGUUAGAUCUGAUGCAGACGGAUAUAAUGAGGAGGUGAUGCUGAGUCCAGCCAUGCAAGGUGUCAUCCUGGCUAUUGCAAAAGCCCGCCAGACCUUUGAUCGAGAUGGGUCUGAAGCGGGGCUUGUUAAGGCGUUCCAUGAGGAGUACUCCCGGCUCUACCUGCUUGCCAAAGAGACCCCAACCCCUCAGAACGACGCCCGGUUGCAACAUGUGCUCAUUUACUUCCUGCAAAACAAUGCUCCCCAGCAGGUGGUAGAACGUACCCUGCUUGAGCAGUUUGCGGACAAAAACCUCAGCUAUGACGAAAGGUCAAUUAGCAUUAUGAAGGUGGCACGAGCAAAGCUGAGAGAAAUUGGACCUGAUGAUGUCGAUAUGGAGGAGUACAAGAGAUGGCAUGAAGACUACAGCCUUUUUCGCAAGGUGUCAGUUUACCUGCUGACAGGGUUGGAGCUGUACCAGAAUAGAAAGUACCAGGAGUCACUCACCUACCUGGUCUAUGCCUACCAAAGCAACACGAAGCUGCUGAGGAAAGGAGCCAGCAGAGGAGUGAGCGAAUCACUGAUUGGCUUGUACAGAAGGAAGUGUCUCCUGAAGCUGAACGAGGUGGCAGCAUCGCUCUUCGUAAGUUGUGAAGAAGUUCAUGUGGCCGAGGGCAUUAGCAUCCUGAAUGAGCUGAUCAUCCCCUGCAUGCACCUCAUGAAUAACUUUGAGAUCUCCAAAGAGGACCUGGAUGCUAUCGAGGUCAUGAGAAGCCGCUGGUGCUCCUAUUUGGGACGAGAAGACAUGGAUGCAAAACUGCAGAUGAAGCUGGGCGAAUUGCUUCCCCGGCUCCUCGACGGCUCCACCGAGGUCAUUGUGCUGAAAGAGCCCCCGAAGAUCCGGCCCAACUCCCCCUACGACCUCUGCAGCCGGUUUGCAGCCGUGAUGGAGUCCAUUCACGGGGCCUCGACUGUGACUGUGAAGUAGGCUGUGGGCUCCCUGCCGUGCCAUGGCACACACGCUGUGGACCGGCUGCCUGCCUGCUGGGCAGCGUGUGAAAGGGAGAGGGAAGAGCAGGGGUGAUUCAGAGCUGUGUUCUUUGUAAAUAUGGACAAAUAAAAAACAUUGCACUUUUGAGAGAAAACAUUAAGGAGUAGGGCAAAGGACCCGAAUCACUGCUCUGGCAUGAUGCGCCAGGCUGCUGGCAGCACCACCUGCAGCGGGUCCCCGGGCCCCCUCGGGAGGUUUUGGCUGCUUUCUAGGCACAGAUCCCUGAGCCUGUGACAGCAGCAGAGCAGGAGACCAGCUCUGGUGGGCUGGGCUACAAGCUGUCUGCUCUGUCAGCUGUGUUUAUAGCUUCCUGGCUGAUUAGCGACCAGAGAUGAUUCGUUCAGGUCUUGCCAAGCUCCUGCUAGUGUGAGUCCGAGUUGUGCGAUGAGGAAGCAGGGAGCAAGGGUGGGUUGCAUUCUCUAUCGUGCAGGCAAUCAUGCGUGCAGCUGCAUAUUUUGCUCAGGUCAAGCAGGCGUUCACCCUUUGUAUUUUAACUGGUGAAAGAAAACACACAGGAGUCUUCUCCUAAGAAAGGCACAGGCAAAUAGCAGUGGCAGUGACAAGGGACAGGAUGGGGCUGUAGAGAUUGUCUCCUGUGCUACAACGAUAGCUUACUCAUUAAGGGUGAUGGCACCACCCCGAAGGAUCACACUCUCAGAUCGGCAGGCAAACUUCCUUCUCACCUGUGGUGGAUUUUCAGAGCUGGAUUAGUAUCGGUGACAACUGCAAGGGCUAGAAUACGCUCCCUUUUUUUGUUGGGAGGGGGGGUCGUGGUGUGGCGUUAAUUGAUUUUCUGCAAAAAGCCAUGCCCCAUUUGCAUUUCUUUUUGUGGGCAGCCUGUACUCAGGUUGGAGCUGUGGCAGUUGUAUUAAACCAAAUGUUCUGAGUAAGUGGAGUGGGAGGAUCCAGUUUGUUAGGACUAUGCAGAUUUUUCUAGAACUGCAAUAAAAGCAUUUGUUCUACAUUAGAAUGAAAA